AUGGGCAACGGUCAGGGAAAGCCCGUCGACCUGACUGGCGAAACCAACCUCAACCACUUCCGCUUGCUACGAGUCGUCGGCCGAGGCGCCUUUGGCAAGGUCCGCAUCGUCGAGCGCAAAGACACAAACUUGGCGUUUGCGCUGAAAUACAUCCGCAAAGAUGAAGUUGUCAAGUCGGAAAGCGUCCGAAACAUCAUCCGUGAGCGGCGAAUGUUGGAACACGUCAACCAUCCCUUCAUCUGUAACUUGCGAUAUAGCUUUCAGGAUAUCGAAUACAUGUAUCUCGUCGUCGAUCUCAUGAGCGGUGGCGAUUUGCGAUUCCACAUCUCCAGAAAGACCUUUACCGAAGAAGCCGUCCGUUUCUGGAUAGCCGAAUUGGGUUGCGCCCUCCGCUACGUCCAUGGCCAGAACAUCAUCCACAGAGACGUCAAGCCCGACAACGUCCUCCUCGACGCCGAGGGGCAUGUCCAUUUGACUGAUUUUAACGUGGCUUCUGACAUUGUUCCGGGGCGCAUCAUGACUAGCAAAUCCGGAACCUUGGCUUACCUUGCCCCGGAAGUUUAUUCAGGCAAGGGAUACGACAUUCGUGCGGAUUGGUGGUCACUAGGUGUCUUGUUUUACGAGUGCAUCUAUAACAAGCGACCAUUCGAGGGCAAUAGUGAAAACUCGCUCAGCCAACAGGUUCAGUUUUCUCAGCCAAAGUAUCCCGUUACGCAGCCCCCCGUCUCGUUGACAUGCCUGUACGCCAUUCGCGCCGCCCUCGAGCCGAACCCCAACAAUCGGCUCGGCUCAACAUGGGAGAGCUUCAUCUACAACGAUUUCUUCAAAACCAUCAAUUUCGAUCUGCUCGAGCAGAAACGCAUCGAGCCUAUUUUCGUUCCCUCGUCGGACAAGACCAACUUUGACGCGACUUACGACUUGGAGGAGCUGCUACUCGAAGAGGCCCCUCUUGAAGCUCGCGCAAGACGACAGAAGCCCAGAGAGAGGCUAAAGGAGGAUGCCACCGAUCAGGAGAUUCGCGAAGAUGAGCUGUACCGGAUGAUUGAAACGGACUUCCGUCCGUUUGACUAUAACAUUGCGGCCUACAACAAGCUCGCUGCCAUUCACGGCGACGACGUCGACCCAGCUGCAAUUGCCGCCCAGGCCCUCACGACAGACGAAGCUGCAAACGAGCCGCCGCCAGUGACCUAUCCAGCUCCCCCUGUGGAACCUACCAUCGGCGCUGAUGGUCGGAUGCCUCCUCAGGACCAGCAGGCUGCUUAUCCCGGACAACUUCAAUACGUCCCCCGACCGCCGCCCAUGAGCAAACGAGUUACCAGUCCGACAGGUGGAGUGCAGGUGACACUGGAUGGCGGAGGCAGUUGGUCAGAUCUUGCCCGUCAAGACGCGACGCUUCCCAAGGAUGCUGCCACCGCGGCAGAGGCCAAGAACGAAGGAUCAGGCGGCAUGUUUGGAUUCUUGAGGAAUAAGAAGGGGAGAAAUAACAGCCCCAAGCCCAAAGAACGUGGCGUGUUGGGCAAGGAGGGAGCCAGAGUGGUCAUUAGCUGA